AUACUACAUACAUACUCAAAUAUGGCAAGAGAACGGAAUCCCCUCGUCGUCAGCGGCGUCGUCGGAGAUAUUCUCGAUCCUUUCGCCGCCGUCACAGAUCUCCGCCUCUUCACCGACGGCGGCCGGAUGGUCUUCAGCGGCGCCAGUUUCAGGCCCUCUCAGGUCGCCGCCGCCCCCAGAGUCGAGAUCGGCGGCGAAGAUUUCCGGACAUUUUAUACCCUCGUUAUGGUAGAUGCAGAUUCUCCGACGCCUGCUGACCCUUAUUUUAGGGCGUACUUGCACUGGUUGGUGACCGACAUCCCCGGAAGCACGGGAGCAAGCUACGGCAAUGAAAUAGUGAGCUAUGAAGGGCCUCAGCCGUCUAUGGGAAUCCAUCGCCUCGUCUUUGUUCUUUUCAGACAGAAUGGGCGGAUUACCGUUAGGAGUCCCCGGUGGCGGCAGGGUUUUAGUGUUCGGGAAUUCUCUCAACUCCACAACCUCGGCAAUCCGGUGGCCGCUAUUUAUUAUAACUGCCACCGGGAAGCUGGCACCGGCGGCCGUCGACUUUGAUAUAUACAACUUACUUACCUAGCUAGUAGUAAAAAAAAAAAAAAUAGAAGAUUAAAUGUUUAGUUCCUGUAUUUAUAUGAUUAUAAAAUAAAGUGAGGGUUGUAAUGAAUGAUCCGAGAUUAAACAUAA